UGUGUCUUGGAAAAUUACAGUUGGCACUUCCACACAUGUUUAAGGAGUGGCUCCACAUGACGAGGAAGAGGUGGAACUGAAAGUUUCUGCAUUAGACCUUUUUACCUCAGAGACUCCAGAUCGGUCCCAUCUCCUGUCUUUCAGCAUCAUGAAGUUUGCUGGGAAAUAUGAGCUUGAGAGCCAAUCAAAUUAUGAGGAAUUUCUGGAAGCGAUCGACCUUGUCAAUGCCAAGACCGAGCACAAAGUGGUGACAGAGGUGGUUCAGGAUGGGAAUGACUUCACCUGGACGCAAAGUAUUCCCAACUGGUCAUGGACCAACAAGUUCACUGUGGGUCAAGAAUGUGAACUUUUGACGAUGAAAAACAUUAAAUUUAAGGCCUUGGUAACUUUGGAAAAUGGCAAACUUUCCAUCCCGUUUCCUCAGUACCUUUUCACAGCGGAGAUCAUUGAUGACAAGCUUGUGAUGACAUGUGUAACACCAGGGGAGAAGGGUGUGACGUUCCGAAGAGUGAACAAGAGAAUCUGACGCUGCGAGACUCAACAUGCCUCAGUGGGAAACGGCGUUAAAACUUUCUGCUGUCAACGGGAAAAAGAAGAAAAACUCAAAAUGAGAUGCACACCAAUAGACUGAAUUGACUUUCUUGCCUUGUUUGAGCCAAAACUGUGUACUGUAGUGUUGCAUUCAUGUGUUUAAAUAAAACAGUCCUAUGACCAGGAACAGUGUAGUUUCAGCCAUCAAGAAUGAUUUUUUCUUUUGAACAAGUGGAAAGGAAUACACUUUUGCCAAGUUUGACCAAUAAAACAAUGUUUAAAUGAAAUCAUGUUAUUUUGCAUUAAAAUUCUUUUAUUAU